AGUCAGUUGAGCAUCUACUUCCGAAUUUGCUAUUGUAAACAAAUAUGAUCUGAGCUUACAUAAAUCUUUAUUAAAACAUUAUGAAAGAUUAAAUUUUUCUUCUUAUGAUUGAUUACUACUGUACUGAUCGUGCUGAAUUAUAAUCUUCAUGUUCUCUAUCGUAAUUUGAGAAUAUAUUCUUCAAAUUUAAGAAUUUGAUUGUUUUCAAUUUUCUAUUAUACUAUUUUCUAACAGAUUAUGUUGCUUUUAAUAUGCAUAUAAAGUCAUUUUUAAAGUUAUUAUUUCUUCUGUUCACAAUAGUAAUUGUCUUUGAAUGGAUUGAAUAUUCUUUGGCACCAAUUUUGAUUUGGUCACAGUUAUUUAGAUUUCCUGAUUCUGUUAGAAUAUUGGUCGUUGGUGAUCCUCAACUUUUAGGCUACAGUUAUACACCUUCUAGUUUAUUAGGCUAUGUGUUUAGAUGGGAUGCUGAUCAGUAUGUAAAGAAGACAUUUUCUACUGCCUACAAAUAUUUCAAUCCAAAUCUUACAAUAUUUCUUGGGGACAAUUUUGAUGAAGGGGAAAUAGCCUCUGAUGUUGAAUUUGUGGAAUAUUUUCAAAGAUUCCAAAAUGUUUUUUCAGAAGCUGAUUUUAAAAAGGCCAUUAUAAUUCCUGGUGACAAUGAUAUUGGUGGGGAGUUUCAACCUCCUCAGAAGGAAUUUGAAAGAAGAUUUGAUAUGCAUUUUCGGGAUGAUAUAAUUAUGAGAUAUGAAUUUCUUGAAUUUGUAAAAGUAAACUACAUUACUCAUUCAAAUGAUUACCAAGUGGCUAGUAAUGAAUCUCUGGAUGCAUUUAGGAUAGUUUUAUCCCAUUUUCCAUUAACUCCAUCAUACAGUUCAUUUAUUAGUAAGGUGAUUCCAUAUCUUCAACCACAUAUCAUUAUUUCUGCUCAUGAUCACAAGUCUGAACAUGUAAUAUCCAACAGAAAAACUGGGAUUAUUGUGAGAACUUCCUCUUCCUUAGAUUUUACUUCCUGUACUCUCAAUAUUUCAGAAGAACUUAUUCAUGAAAUAAUAGUCCCAACUUGUUCCUACAGAAUGGGUACUUCGAAAAUGGGAUAUGGUGCUUUAGAAAUAAGUAAAUCUGGCGAAGUCAAGUAUACCGUCCUCUGGCUACCCUCUCGUUUUCGACAAUUAUUCAUUUAUUUAUUCAUAUUGUGUUGUUGUUUAUUUUACGCAGUGUUUGUAUUUUGGAAGAAAAUUGUUGGGCGUAAACCCAAUUUCAGCAGGCAGAAAAAAAGUUCAAUCUUACCCUGGUGAUAUUUUAAAACUCUAGUACUAUUAUAAUUGAGAAAUAUUUUUAAAUGCUGAAAAAGAGUGAGAAAAAUUGUCAUUUGUGAAUUGAAUAAUCUGUGAUAUAUGAAUUUUUUGUCAAAAUUGGAAUGAAUUUUUCUAAUAAACAGAAUCUAUUUUUCUUUCAAAGAAAAAAAAGGGCAUUAUUACUAAAAAAGCAAUAAUCUUAAUCAGAUCUCUUAAAUGGAUUAUUCUAUUAAGAAACUUGAUUAAACUACUUAAAAAAAAUUUGAUUCUCUCUCUUUGCGGGCUUCAUAUGAAUACUAAACUGGUGAUUGAUUUUUUCAUAUGCCUGCAUAUGAAAAUGACUAAAAAAUUUUGAACGAAAAAUUAAUUAAUUAA